UUCUCGUUCCGUCGUUCAUCAUCUCCAUCCACACUACAAAUCUGAGAAGGCACCGCAGUCGAGAGCAGAGCAUACACCAUUCUCCAGAGCAGAGCAGGCACCACACCGCUCGUCGUCGGCGCGAUGCACGGUGCCGCAGCCACCUGGACGCCCCGGAAGCAGGUGGUGCUGUACCCGUCGCCCGGGAUGGGCCACCUGGUCUCCAUGAUCGAGCUCGGCAAGGUGCUCGCGGCUCGCGGCCUCGCCAUCACCAUCGUCAUCGUGAGCCUGCCGUUCGUCGACACCGGCGCCAGGGGGCCGUUCCUGGCCGGCGUCACCGCGGCCAAUCCCUCCGUCUCCUUCCACUGCCUCCCGCAGGUCGACGUCCCGCCGCUCGACUCGGACCACCCCGAGGCGGUCACCUACGAGGUCGCCGGCCUCUCCAUCCCGCACCUCCGCGGCUUUCUCGCCGGCGCCUCCCCGGCCGUCCUCGUCGUCGACUUCUUCUGCAGCAUCGCGCUCGACGUCGCCGCGGAGCUCGGCGUCCCAGGGUACUGUUUCUUCACGUCUCCCGCGGAGGUCCUGGCUUUUUCCCUGUAUUUGCCGGUCCUGCAUGCUCGGAGCGCGGCCAGCUUUCGGGAGAUGGGGGAAGAGCUCGUGCACGUGCCGGGCAUCCCCGCGCUGCCGGCGACUCACUUCCCCAAGCCGCUCAUGGACCGUGACGACCCGGCAUACAUAUGGUCGCUGAGAGUGUCCCCCGACCUCUGCCGCUCCCAGGGAAUCAUCGUCAACACCUUCCGCUCGCUCGAGCCACGCGCCGUGGACGCCAUCGCCGCCGGGCUCUGCACGCCCCCCGGCCUACCUACGCCCUCAGUCUACUGCAUCGGGCCGCUGAUAAAGUCGGAGGAGGUGGGCGUGAAGCGCGGCCACGAGUGCCUGGCGUGGCUGGACGCGCAGCCGACGGCCAGCGUGGUGUUCCUCUGCUUCGGCAGCCUCGGCGUGUUCAACGCAGAGCAGAUCAGACAGGUAGCCAUCGGCCUGGAGGCAAGCGGCAAGAGGUUCCUGUGGGUCGUGCGGAGCCCGCCCAACAAUGACCCGGCGAAGAGGUUCGAGGAGCCGCCGGAGCCGGACCUCGACGCGCUCCUUCCGGAGGGCUUCCUGGACCGGACCAAGGCCACAGGCCUCGUCGUCAAGUCAUGGGCGCCGCAGCGCGACGUGCUGGCGCACGGCGCCGUGGGCGGUUUCGUGACCCACUGCGGGUGGAACUCCGUGCUCGAGGCGGUCAUGGCCGGCGUGCCCAUGCUGGCCUGGCCGCUGUACGCGGAGCAGCGGAUGAACAGAGUGUUCCUGGAAGAGGAGCUGGGUCUGGCCGUGGCCGUGGAUGGAUAUGACACGGAGGUGGUGGACGCCGAUGAAGUGGCGGCAAAGGUGAGGUGGUUGAUGGACUCCGACGGCGGGAGGGUGCUUCGGGAGCGGACGACGGCGGCUAUGGGAAGGGCCAGGGAGGCACUACGCGAGGGUGGGGAGUCGAAUUUGACGUUGACUCGACUGGUGCAGGUCUGGAUGCUUGGCAACAUUGAAGAUGACGCGGGUUCCACGAGAUAGCGUGACUCAUGGCCAUGGAUAUGGUAGGGCCAUAGAGAAGCAAGAACACAUGUGAAAUUAAAUCUGCUAUUUGUAGUUCUUAUUAAGUUUUGGGUGUGGUUACAUCUCAGUCGACAAAGACUUAACGAAGUCUCAGUCAACUGACAAAACAUAUAAAGAAAUAUUUUAUAAAAACUUACACUGAUCUUCACGUAAGAUCUCAUGAAUAUAGUAUCAACUGAGAUUUCGCUAUUUAGCAAUCCUGUUAAGUUUUAGCUA